UUUAAUGAGUGUUACUGGACCAGUGAUCAGAAUUCCCAAAUGUUGUGUUGUCGUAGUCGACGCUGUUAUAAAUAGAUGGCGUGGAGGGAAGCAAGAGUCAGAGCAGACACUGGAGCCCAUUACUCUAAUCAGAGUUGUAAGCACAGCACAGGUAACAUUUGAAGAUUUGAAAAGUGUGAAUAAUUUGCUCUCUGAUCAUGGAUAAUGUUUCUGUUGUAAGAAUGUUCACUCUCUCAGGGAUAAAUGAGACAUUGAAUUACAGAGUUGCUAUCUUUUCCCUCACUUUACUGUACUACUGUGUGGUUUUGUUUGUUAAUAUGUCUCUCGUCAUGAUCAUCAUCUUAGAUGACACCCUGCAUGAACCAAUGUACAUCCUAUUGGGCAGUUUUUGCAUUAAUGGACUUUAUGGGACCACAGGUUUCUUCCCAAAGUUCCUCUUAGAUCUGCUGACUUCUUCUCAGCAAAUUUCAUAUGAAGGAUGCCUUUUACAGGCUUUUGUCAUGUAUUCAUUUGCUUGCUGUGAUUUGUCCAUUCUAGCAGUUAUGGCUUACGACAGAUAUCUGGCUAUAUGUCAACCACUGCACUACCACUCUGUCAUGACAAAGAGGAGGCUCUCUCAGCUGAUAUGUUUCUCCUGGCUAACACCUUUCUGUAUUUUCUCCGUCAAUGUUCUGCUAACGUCAAGACUAAAGUUAUGUGGUACAAACAUUAAGAGACUGUUAUGUGUCAACUGGAUAAUUGUUAAGCUUGCUUGCUCUGAAGCAGACUCCUUUGCAAACAAGGUAGCUGCAUAUUUUACAAUUGUCAUUUAUGUGUCUCAUGGGUUUUUCAUAAUUUGGACUUAUAUGCAUAUUAUUAGAUCUUGUGUGAGGUCCAAAGAAGACAGGGUGAAGUUUAUGCAGACAUGUGUGCCCCAUUUGACCUCUUUAGUCACAUUUCUUGUUGUAAUAGUGUUUGAUUUGAUGCAUAUGCGAUUUGGCUCCACAAAUUUACCUCAAAGCCUUGAAAACUUUAUCGGUAUAGGAUUUCUGCUUAUUCCUCCUGUGAUGAAUCCUCUAAUAUAUGGAUUUAAACUGACCAAAGUACGAAACAGAAUUUUAGGUUUAGUGUAUGUUGAAGGAAAAUAA